UCGGCGCUGGACGCUCCGCUUCCCCGGGGGCUGCGCCGGGGCGCAGGACCCACCCCGCCGGAAUCACCAUGUCUCAAAGGCAUUCGGACAGUUCGUUGGAUGAGAAGUCCAAGCUGCUGGAAUAUCGUUUUCACUCUGAGCUGCGCCUUGAUAAGGAUGGCAACCCCAUUCCCGGGCUCUCUGGAUCCCGGAGCUCCCUGAGGUCGAUGGAGAACGCCGCCUUCCAGAUGGAGCGCCCGCCGGGCGAGCCCCACCACGUCAUCCUGAGCACGGAGAGCCCUGCCGCUCUCAAGGUGGGCACCCAGCAGAUGAUCCCAAAGAGCCUGGCUGUGUCCACCAAGGCAAAGACACCCACCCGCCACCAGAGCUUUGGGCACGUCAUUCUGAGCAAGGAGGCCGCCCGGCGGGACCCCAAGAGGCUGUCUGCCCCCAGCUUCUCCCUGGAUGACCUAGACAUGGAUGUGACCUCAGGGGGGAUGCUGACGCGGAACCUCCGGAACCAGUCCUACCGCGCGGCCAUGAAGGGGUUCGGGAGCCUAGCUGAAUCCAAGCCCAUGUCCACCCUCAAACCUCUGGCUGAGGAAUCAGCCCAGGGGCGAGCCCGGAGCCCAGGCAGGAGCAAGAGAACUCUCGGGAGGAAGCGUGCAAACAAGGGUUCUUUCAAGGAUGAUCCAAGGUUCUACCAGGAAAUCCGUGAGAGGGGCCUGAACACCAGCCACGAUUCGGACGAUGAUCAGGAUUGCCUGAGCCCAGAGGGACCUCAGAAAACAGACACCACGAUUGUGGUGAAGAGUUACCGGCCUGCCCAAGUCACCUGGAGCCAGCUCCCUGAGGUCGUGGAAUCUGGAAUUCUGGAUCAGCUGUCCCCUGAGGAGCGAAAGCGGCAAGAGGCGAUUUUUGAGAUCGUCACUUCAGAGUUCUCCUACCUGCACAGCCUGAAGACCCUGGUGACUGAGUUCCUGAGGUCCAAGGAGUUGAGGGGGACCAUGACCCAGAUGGAGCAUCACCACCUCUUCUCCAACAUCGUGGAUGUCCAGGGGGCCAGCCAGAAGUUUUUUGAAGACCUGGAGAAGAGACACAAAGAGCAUGUUUGCGUCACUGACAUUAGUGACAUCCUAGAAGAACACGCCCUAAACCACUUCCAUCCCUAUGUGGCAUACUGCUCCAACGAGGUCUACCAGCAGAGGACCCUGCAGAAGCUGAUGAACUGCAACUCAGCUUUCCGAGAUGUCCUGAAGGAGAUCGAAAAGAGACCCGCCUGCGGGGGCCUGCCCAUGAUCUCCUUCCUCAUCCUCCCCAUGCAGAGAGUGACCCGGCUCCCUCUUCUGAUGGAUACUCUGUGCCUGAAGACCCAGGGCCACCCAGACCGAUGUAAAGUUGCCAGCCGAGCUCUGAAGGCCAUCAGCAAGCUGGUGAAGCAGUGUAAUGAAGGGGCUCAUAAGAUGGAGAGGACAGAACAGAUGGUCAACCUGCAAACUCAACUGGACUUUGGCAAAAUCAAGGCCUUUCCUCUGAUCUCCGCUUCCCGGUGGCUGCUGAAGAGAGGGGAGCUCUCUUUGGUGGAGGAGCCCAGCCUCUUCCGGAAAAUCUCCAGCAGGCCAACGUGCUACCUCUUCCUGUUCAAUGACGCCCUGAUGGUCACCAAGAAGAAAAGUGAGGAGAACUACGUGGUGAUGGAUUACGCCAAGAUGGACCAAAUCCAAGUCAAGAAGGUUGAGCCUGAUGAAAUCUCGUUGCCGGGAGGGGGCAACCGCAGCUCGUCCAUCCCCUACCCCUUCCAGGUGACCAUGCUGAGGAACAGCGAAGGGAAGCAGGAGCAGAUCCUGUUGUCCUCAGACUCUGCGAGUGACCGGGCCCGAUGGAUCACUGCCCUGGAGCAUAAGGAGAAUCAGGAGCAAGGCCUAGCCAGUAAAGGAGACCUGCACCAGGUGGAGAUCACCAAGGCCUAUUUUGCCAAACAGGCCGAUGAGAUCACCCUGCAGCAGGCAGACGUGGUCCUGAUCCAGCAGCAGGAAGACGGCUGGUUUUAUGGAGAGCGUCUGCGUGAUGGGGAGAUCGGCUGGUUCCCCGAGGACUAUGCCCGAGCCAUCACCAGCAGAGUGGCCGUGGAGGGCAACGUGCGCAGGCUGGAACGACUGAGGGUGGAGACGGACGUGUAGGCAACUCCUCAGAGCCUUUUCAGGCUUUCCAAGUUUCUUGUCUGGGUGCAAGGGUUUCACAACAGACCAUGGAUUGCCUAAAAGAGCUCUCUUCUCGAGGGUUUGCAAAUGGUACCUGUGAGCUGCGAAGCCUUUCCAGGGAAUCUUUGGGGUUCCAGUCAGGCACUUCCCAUUACCCUUUUCCCUGGAUCAAUCUCUGUUCCAAUUUUGGGAAGCCUGGGCACGUCUGGUCCUGAGUUUACCCCCCUUCUGUUGAUUUUUUCCCCCUCUCCAGCCUGCCCCAAAUUAACUUGAGGGAAGGCCACUUUAAGUGGGCUUUGGGUGGCUCCAGUAGGUACAUCCCAUAACUAUGCACCUGUCUUCUUACCCAGAACCAUCUGUCACAUUCCUGACUAUGGCAUUACAAAGGAAAUGCUUAAUCCCUUGGGAAGCAUUUGCAUUUGAGAAGGAGACUAGGGGGCAGUGGGCUGUGCUGGGAAGAGGAGGUAGCUAGAGGUUUGAAGGACAGGGGAUCUUAGGCCAUCCCUGGCCUUAUUAAGCCGGCCCUCCUGUCAGCUGUCAACUGCACCCCCAUUUUCAUUGACCCAGCAGUGACCCUCCUUCCCUUGGCCUCCGGGUCCUGCUAGGUGGGUGUGGGGGCACAGACGGACUUGAAAGCCCCCAGCCUGGAUUGUACAUUGUUGUAUAUUGUGUUUUUCUGAGAAAUGUAAAAGUCAUUAAAAUUAUUUCAUUAAAA